AGAAGAGGGAGAGAGAGAGAAGGCGAAUGUUCCUCCAGCUGUUUCCUGUCUACAGUGUCUGUGUUUUGUAGAUAAAUGUGAGGAUUUUCUCUAAAUCCCUCUUCUGCUUGCUAAAUCUCACUGUCACUGCUAAAUUCAGAGCAGAUAGAGCCUGCGCAAUGGAAUAAAGUCCUCAAAAUUGAAAUGUGACAUUGCUCUAACAUCUCCCAUCUCUCUGGAUUUCUUUUUUUCGCCUCAUUAUCCCUGCCCACCAAUUCAUUUCCAGACUUUGUACUUCAGAAGCAAUGGGGAAAAUCAGCAGUCUUCUAACUCAAUUAUUUAAGAUCUGCCUCUGUGACUUCUUGAAGAUAAAGAUACACAUCAUGUCGUCUUCACACCUCUUCUACCUGGCGCUCUGCUUGCUCACCUUCACCAGCUCCACCACAGCUGGACCAGAGACCCUUUGCGGGGCUGAGCUGGUGGACGCUCUUCAGUUCGUGUGUGGACCACGGGGCUUUUACUUCAACAAGCCCACAGGCUAUGGCUCCAGCAUUCGGAGGGCACCUCAGACAGGCAUUGUGGAUGAGUGUUGCUUCCGGAGCUGUGAUCUGAGGAGACUGGAGAUGUACUGUGCCCCACUGAAGCCUACAAAAUCAGCCCGCUCUAUCCGUGCCCAGCGCCACACUGACAUGCCCAAGACUCAGAAGUCCCAGUCCCUAUCGACAAACAAGAAAACGAAGCUGCAAAGGAGAAGGAAAGGAAGUACAUUUGAAGAACACAAGUAGAGGAAGUGCAGGAAACAAGACCUACAGAAUGUAGGAGGAGCCGCCCAUGGAGCAGAAAAUGCCACAUCACCGCAGGAUCCUUUGCUGCUUGGGCAACCUGCAAAACAUCAAAACACCUACCAAAUAACAAUAAUAAGUUCAAUAACAUUUCAAAGAUGGGCAUUUCCCCCAAUGAAAUAUACAAGUAAACAUUCCAACAUCGUCUUUAGGAGUGUUUGUUUAAAAAGCUUUGCACCUUGCAAAAGUGGUCCUGACGUGGGUAGAUUGCUGUUGAUCCUUUAUCAAUAACGUUCUAUAGAGAAAAAAAAAUAUAUAUAUAUAAUUAUAUCUCCUAGUCCCUGCCUCUAAAGAGUCGAAAAUGCAUGGAUGUUGUAGAGAUUCAGUUGCACUAAAUUUCUCUCUGAAUUUUGGCUGCUGAAGCCAUUCAUUUAGCAACUGUGUAGAGGUGGUUUAUGAAUGGUUCCCUUAUCUUCACUUCUUCCCACGUAGCUCAAGCUGCUUGUUUUACAGAGUCUAAUAAUCUUGUCUAGCUCCAUUAGACCCACCCUUUUCUAACACUUGUAUUUGUUGAAUUUGGCCUCCUUAAAAGCAAUAGCAAAUAAGUAGUCAAGUGGCCCACCAAGUUUUAACGUACCUGACUCCAUCUGUGGCAUUUGUACCAAAUAUAAGUUGAAUGCAUUUAUUUUAGACACAAAGCUUUAUUUUUUCGACAUCGUGUUUCAAGAAAAAAAAAUAGAAUAACAAUAACUAUAACUUUGAGGCCAAUCAUUUUUAGGUGUGUGUUUGAAGCAUAGAACGUCUCUUAAACUCUCAAUGGUUCCUUCAAAUGAUAAGUUAGUAUGUAACCUAAGUAUAGCAGUUUCUCUCUUUUUUAUUUUUUUCCAUAUAGAGCACUAUGUAAAUUUAGUAUAUCAAUAAUACAGGAAAUAUCAAACAGUAUGUAAAACUCUGUUGUUGUUGUUUUUUAGUACAAUGGUGCUAUUUUGUAGUUUGUUAUAUGAAAGAAUCUAGUCAACACAGUAAAAGGAGAAAGCAAAGCAAAAAACAAUGAAAGCCUGGAGCCUAAGAUGAGGAAAUGAGGAAGGGAACUGAAAAAAAAUCCUUCCUCUUGGGAGAUGCAAAGGCCUCCCCAGUUAUGCCUUCCAAGAGGAACUUAAGAUGUAAAGUCCAUUAAGACGCACUUGUCAAGUCCAGAGAGGAAGCUGCGGAGUGGAAAAAGCAAAAGGCUAGGGAUUUGGGGAGUCCCAGUUUCUGUCACCGAAGAAAUAAGUAUCUGCAACCUGGGUCACACAAACUCACCACCGUGUGACCUCAGUCAAGUCACUCCACCUCUCGGUGCCUCAGUUUUCCUCAUCUGCAAAAUGGGGGCAAUAUGUCAUCUACCUACCUCAAAGGGGUGGUAUGAAGAUUAAAAAGUAGACCUUCAGAUUUUUGUUCUGGGUUUCCAGGAGGGUGUAACAUCAGAACCCUUGAAUUGCUAGGAUGCAAGGAAUUCUGUAAAUAACCCACUACUAACAAUGUAGCUCCAAGGAUCAUUCAUCUGCCACUGGGAUGCCACCACAAUAUCCAAGUUCUUAUUGGUGAAGCUGUGCAACUAACUAGUGACAAGCUAACAACUCGGUCUCCCCAGCAUGUCACACGGCAAGAGACAUUUGAUUUGCAAUUUGAUUUAACUUCUGCAUUUGAGCUUAUGACUAUAAAGACUAGUGAAAAGAAGGGAGAGAAGAGAAAGAAGAUCCUUGCCAAGUAAAGGGUAAUUAAUUAUUAUUCCAUUUAUCCACUCUCAUUAAAGGGUAAUUAAUUAUUCCAUUUAUCCACUCUCAUUAAUCCUUCCAGUCACUUAGUAUCUAGAAAUAACUCUAACAUUGUCAAUGAGACUCUACUCAGUUUGCCAAACACAAUUCUCCUUCCCCAUAGCAUAUGAAAAAAAAAGACCCUGACAUUCUUAAAUUCUUAAAUAGUAUCUAUUACAAUCACAAGUUGCUGUAGCGGAUGUAGUCUUGCCCUUUUUUGUAUGUGCAUGUAUUUUUUUAAUUUUAUGAAAAUAUGCUGGCAAGAAUUUUUACUUGAGGGGCAAAAUUCUUCCUCUCAAGCCUGAGGUGCUCCCUAGUGUCUGCUUAGAAGGAAGGAUCCAGCUUCCUGGAAAUGUGUUGGAUGCAUUCAACUGGGCAUUGCUAACCAAAAACAUUUAGAAAGUGUUCUCUAUGUAUACAGCAAGAUUGUCUCCCUCUUUUAAAAACAAAAUCCAAUAUUCACGUCUUAUUAUCUGCAACCUUGAUUCUCUUUUGCAAGCUUCCUUAAUAUUCUUAUAAAAUGUAUUUAAAAAAAAACAAAAAAACAAGAGGGCCACCUUUAGCUCUCCUUCCACCAGGUUGCCUCUAGAAUCUCUGGGGAAAUGCAGAAGAUGCUGUUGAGUGAAGCCCUCAGAAAGAUUGGGUUUAGGAACAUCAGGCACGCUGUGCUUCCCCUGAUUACUGUAGAGAUGUAAAUGGAAUAAGAGGCCAGUUGACCAUCCACCUGCUUCUCCAGAAGGGAAACAUUGGGCCCUCUCACACCCUGGGUGACACUUCUGACUUCUGGUUCUUGUUCACAGUGUGUACUUUUUCCAAUUGGUAAUUCCCAGAAAAACACGUAGGUGGCCUUCUCCAGAUCUGUGGGCCUCCUGCCAUGGUUGGAUUUGGUGAUUCUAAGUAUCUAUCACAUAUUUUGCUCACUUAAUUCUAUACCCAGUCAGAAAUUCUUUCAAUGAGGAAAGUUUAAGUAUGCAGUCCUUUACUCAAUACCUAAUUUUCUCCAACUGGAUUAUAAAUCCAGUAAUAAAAAAUUAAUUGUACUAAUUAAUCAAAAUUAAUUGUACCAAUUAAUCAUACUAAAGUACCAUUGUACUUUUAAAUGAACGAACACUGUAAGACAAAUCUACACAAACUUCUUGAAAACUAACUGAUCAUUAUAUGGUGAAUCAAAAUGACUCAAGAUCAAUAGAAAGGGACAUUUAAAAUUUUAUAACUCGAAAAUUUGUAGGCUUUGCUAUGGAGGUAAAUUGUUUUAGUGUCUAGAGAUGGAGCAAUUUUAAUAAAUUUACAAAAGAACUAUAAAGAUAGGUGGGAAGGAGUUUUCAUUUGAUAAGAUUUUUUGCUGAUUUACUUACUCAAUACCUAGGUCAAAUGUUGAUUCUCCAAAGGAUAGCAAGUGCUUGAACAUUGUGAGAUGAGUCUGUUCCUGGGGUAAAAAAAAAUCUUUUUUUUUAAAUACCCACCUACAUAUAUCUACCCUACAUGUGCAUUUGUGCAUGUGUGCACAUGUGCAUGUGCCCCCUACACACACCUAUUCACCCUAAGACUAAGAAGAAAUCAUUUCUUUGAAAGUUCUAUCUUUCAAAAAAAAAAAAAAAAAAAAAGGCAACUGUGCCCCUCGAGACUCCAUCUCCUUCUUUGAAUGUCAAUGUGAAAUGUGGCAUGUCUGUGUAGAUGAAACCAUCUCAUACCCCAUGGCUCCAGGGUUUCUGUUAUGGUUUGUGCACUUGGGAGGAUGCGCAGAAGACAGGAUGCAGCCUGUUUUGCUUUCCCCUUUACUGUUUGGCCAGCUACGCCAAUGUGGUGCUAUUGUUUCUUUAAGAAAGUACUUGACUAAAAAAAGAAAAAAAAAGAAAAAAGAAAAAAAAAAAAAAAGAAAG